AAAUUACAAAAAAUAAAAUAAAAAUGCUUUCAUUGCCUUGAGCUUACCUUUUCCCUUUAGUAAUCAAUCUCUCUCCACCGGGGAUGAUUCGGCAGCCGAUCAUCUGCCGCUCCCACGUUUUGUCAGUUCCGGUCAUAUAGAAUAUCAAUCGGUGGCAUUCUCUUUACAAAAGGUCAUAUCAAAUCAGCCCCAUAGAGAGUACCAGAAAUUUAUCUCUCAUCCCUUCCAGUCCGCUUCUUCUAUUUCAAAUUUUCAACCCCUUCCACAAUCGAAUUUGAGAUUUGAAAUCUCAGAAAACAGCGCCAGCAUUGAGUGAAGAUCAACCUGGAAGAUGGGCAGGGUUCAAUUGAGCCUUGUAGUUGCAAUGUUCAGUGUGGUGCUGUUAAUUGGGCAUGUAGCAAAGGAAGCCAAAGCCUCCAGUUCCGUUUCUGCCUUUGUACAGAACGCCAUCUACUCCAACAAGAUCACCAUCUUCUCCAAAUCCUACUGCCCGUAUUGCUUGCGUGCCAAGCACAUUUUCAGUGAACUCCAUGAGCAACCUUUUGUUGUUGAGCUCGAUCUCCGAGACGACGGCGGGCAAAUUCAGAAUGUUAUUUUGGAUAUGGUUGGCCGAAGCACUGUCCCUCAAGUGUUUGUGAAUGGGAAGCAUAUCGGUGGCUCUGAUGAUCUCAAAGCUGCAGUCUUGAGUGGUCAAUUGCAAAAAGUUCUCGGCACGAGCUGAUGCGACACUGGGCUAAAAUGGAAGCAUAUGGUAUGUUGCUGGUUUUGAGAUGGAAAGCUUCAUCUUGGCAAAAUGUGCUAAAUAUUACAGUGAGUGUAUGUUAGGUAUGUGAUAAAAGCAAGUUUUGGACACUUGUUCAUCUGUGCUAGAGUACAUUGUAGUGCAUGUUGAAAUCUGGAGUUGUGAAUAUCAUAAAGUCGUGUAUUAGACUCUGAGACUUGCAUCCCUCAUUCAUUCUGCAGAUUGAUUUGCUAGAGCUUUGCAUAA